GCUUCUCUGCGUCUUGCUCGUUUUCUCGUAGUCGUAGUCCUACAGCUCAGCUUCCCUAGUCCCCACUUUUCACUGCCACGCAGACACUCUCUCCGGCCCGCAGUUUUACCGUAAUUGAAGAAAAAUGAUGGAAGAGAGUGGAAUAGAGACAACACCACCUGGGACUCCUCCACCAAGUUCAGCGGAACUGGCUGUCGCUGCCACAGCGGCACAGCCGUCUUCCCCCCCAGCCCCUUUAGCUGCAGCCAGCGCUUUCUCUUCUCCAAGCGUGUCCUCUGUGCAUCCCCUGCCGCCACACACGUACUCCACCCCUCAGCAGUCCCUGCCUCCUGUGAGGCCUUCGCCACCCUUGCCCUUUGUGCCUCCUUCACCGGUUCCUUCUGGUCCUGCACUCAUUACGUCUUUACCACCUCAUGUUUCUCCACCAACUGCUGCUGCCUUCAGUAACCCUCCUUCAUCCCACUUCCCACCUUCCACUUCUGCCCCAAACACUCUCUUAUCUGCCCCUGCUUCGGGUCCUCCCACAUCAGGAUUCUCUGUCGGCUCAGCCUAUGACAUUACACGAGGACAUGCAGGAAGAGCUCCCCAGACACCCCUGAUGCCGUCUUUUUCUGCACCUCCGGUGACAGGUAUUUUGCCAACUCCCAUUACUCAGCAAGCUGGUUUGACAUCUCUGGCACAGGGAACUGGAACCACAUCAGCCAUAACUUUUCCAGAGGAGCAAGAAGAUCCUAGAAUUGUUAGAGGGCAGGAUGAAGCAUCUGCUGGUGGACUCUGGGGUUUUAUUAAGGGUGUGGCUGGGAACCCUAUGGUGAAAUCUGUGCUUGAUAAAACAAAACAUUCAGUAGAAAGCAUGAUUACAACGCUGGACCCUGGCAUGGCUCCAUAUAUCAAAUCUGGAGGUGAACUGGACAUUGUAGUGACGUCAAAUAAAGAAGUAAAAGUUGCCGCUGUCCGAGAUGCCUUCCAGGAGGUUUUUGGCUUAGCUGUGGUGAUAGGGGAAGCUGGGCAGUCCAGCAUUGCCCCACAACCAGUGGGCUAUGCAGCUGGAUUAAAAGGUGCCCAGGAACGGAUAGAUAGCUUACGUCGAACUGGAGUGAUCCAUGAAAAACAAACUGCUGUAUCAGUAGAAAACUUCAUUGCAGAAUUGCUUCCUGACAAAUGGUUUGAUAUUGGCUGUCUGAUAGUUGAAGACCCUGUGCAUGGUAUUCAUCUAGAAGCAUUUACACAAGCCACACCAGUACCCUUGGAAUUUGUACAACAGGCUCAAAGUCUAACUCCCCAGGACUACAGUCUGAGGUGGUCGGGCCUUUUGGUGACAGUGGGCGAAGUCCUGGAGAAGAGCUUACUCAAUGUCAGCCGGACUGAUUGGCAUGUGACUUUCACUGGCAUGUCUCGUCGGCAGAUGAUCUACAGUGCAGCCAAAGCAGUAGCAGGCAUGUAUAAACAGCGCCUUUCCCCCAGGACCAUGUGAGAAGGCUGGUCUGGGAUACUGACACUUGCUAACUUUGAGCUGCUGGUGGAGAAGAGACAGUCCCUUCUUAAACUGGACAACUUCAGUCAGUCCAGCUGUUUUGAUCAUUUUCCUGUAGGCUGCAGUUUUUUUCUUAGAAAGGCAUGGUGUCAUUCCAGUAGAUGAAAAGAAACAGAUCCUUUUUUCUGAUUAUAUAAUUGCACGUACCAUAGUUCUCAAAAAAUACAUAAAUAUUUUAAUAGGACAGUUUGAUACACCAAAUUUAUAAGGUGCAAAUUCAUGUGCUAAGAUAUUUAACUUAAUGAUAUGUACUUGAUUAUUUUGUUUUUUAAGAAAUAGUUGACUAAAGAACAUGUUUACCGAACACUGUUUAAAAGCAUUGUUUCUUUUAAUUCAUGAUUAAUCUCUUCCCUGUCCGUCUUGGAAGCUUUUCGUGUGUCCAUGUGAUCACAGGUCUGAUGCUAAGCCAUGUGCUCAACAAGAGACUCUAAGACACUUAUUUGUAGGGAGAUGGUGCACUUGUCUAUGCAUAUUUUUAACAUAGGCCGGAGUAACAGAAUCGAUCAUUUUCUUUUUGGUUAUGUUAUGCGCAUAGCCUGAAAAAAAAUUUUUUUUUUUAAUGUUUCAGCAUUUCACAUUCAUACUGUACGAUGAACACUGGGAUAAUGCAUUUUAUUUUUUUCAUUGCUCUAUGACAACUAAGUGGCAAAUGAGUCAAGCAUAUUUAAAUUAGAAGCAUUUGGGGUUUUUUGCAUAAUGGUAUUCAGUGCUUCCAAGUAAACUCUGACAACAGCCAUUAUUUUUGCUUUAAUUCAUUUCUCCAACUGUAAUAGAGAAAUUUUUGAGAGGAAGUUACAUUGUUGUUUAUGGGAUCAUAUGACUUACUUUAAGGUUACUUAUUUAGUUUGCCUUAAACACUGCUUUUCUAACUUUGUGCCAUUCUGCCUUUACUUUUUAUGGAAGUUUUCCAAGAAACUAUUUUAUAGUGAAUCUGGUUUAUUUAGUCCAUUAUGUUUGUAUUUAAUGAAAGCUUUUUUUC